CGCGCGCGCACCAUUGUGUGGCUGGACUCGGCCGCUGCUGCGGUGGGAAGCCCGUGUUCGGGUUUUUUUUUUUUCUUCCCCGCACCCGCAUCGCGGCUGCCGCUCUGCGGUUAGCCGUUCGACAACUAAUUCCGGCACCACGUCCACCACGGAUAUGCCGCGCGUCUACAUAGGACGCCUCAGCUACAACGUCCGGGAAAAGGACAUUCAGCGCUUUUUCAGCGGUUAUGGCCGACUCCUCGAAGUAGACCUCAAAAAUGGGUACGGCUUCGUGGAGUUCGAGGACUCCCGCGACGCCGACGACGCCGUUUACGAGUUGAACGGCAAGGAGCUCUGCGGCGAGCGCGUGAUCGUGGAGCACGCUCGGGGCCCGCGCCGCGAUCGCGACGGCUACAGCUACGGAAGCCGCAGUGGUGGUGGUGGAUACAGCAGUCGGAGAACCUCUGGCAGAGACAAAUAUGGACCACCUGUUCGUACAGAGUACAGGCUAAUUGUAGAAAAUCUUUCUAGUCGGUGCAGUUGGCAAGAUUUAAAGGAUUUUAUGCGGCAAGCAGGUGAAGUAACCUAUGCGGAUGCUCACAAGGAACGCACCAAUGAGGGUGUGAUUGAAUUUCGCUCCUACUCAGACAUGAAACGUGCUUUGGAUAAACUGGAUGGUACAGAAAUAAAUGGCAGAAAUAUUAGGCUUAUUGAAGAUAAGCCACGGACAAGCCAUAGGCGGUCUUACUCUGGAAGCAGAUCUAGGUCACGGUCCAGGAGAAGGUCUCGCAGUAGGAGUCGCAGGAGCAGCCGCAGUAGAUCACGAAGCAUCUCCAAGAGUCGCUCCCGGUCCAGGUCGCGGAGCAAAGGUCGGUCUCGGUCUCGAUCCAAGGGCAGGAAAUCUAGGUCAAAGAGCAAAUCCAAACCCAAGUCUGACCGAGGCUCUCGCUCACGUUCUCGAAGCAGAUCUAAGGAUGAGUAUGAGAAAUCCCGAAGCAGGUCUCGCUCUCGAUCUCGGUCCCCCAAAGAAAAUGGAAAAGGUGACAUUAAGUCAAAAUCCAGAUCAAGGAGCCAGUCUCGUUCCAAUUCACCCCCCCCUGUUGCACCCUCAAAGGCUCGUUCUGUGUCCCCCCCACCAAAAAGAGCUACUUCAAGGUCCCGUUCUAGAUCUCGUUCGAGGUCAAGGUCCAGGUCCAGUUCCAGAGAUUAACUCAGAACUCUCCGUUCUUUGCACACUAUUACAGAACUCUUUCCUACUUGCUUAGGCAGUUCCUCUUCCAUGUUUGUACUCGUCCUCUGCAACAAGAGGAAUCUCCUGCAAACAGGGGCACUCAAAUUGGAUUUGUAGCCAAAUUUUGACAAAAAGAUGAGGUUCUAAAAUGGUGGCAUGAAGUCGAAGACCCUCUCCCUUCUUUGUAGAAUUAAGAUAACUAUGAUUUUAUAGCUUUUGAGCUAAAAUAACUUUUGUAAAGAUUAAGCUCAAUUAGAUUUUUUUUUUUAAUAUUUCAGCAGGAUCUGCUGCAGGGUUUUUUUUGUUGUUUUAUUUGUUGCUUAUUUUUAAAUUAACCGUUUCAAGCUUUGGAUACUUAAGGCUAUAGAGGGAGAACCCAAUUUUCAAUUAUGUUGGCUUUUUAUAAAGCUUGAGUUAAUGUAAGAUUUAAAAUAAAAGUUUGCUACCAAGAUGAUUGCCUUAUUGAGUAGGUCACUAUUAAAUUCUUUCAAUGUUUAUUUGCUAUUCGUGGAAACAGUGUAAAUUCUACAGAAGUGUAAAACAAGGCAAGUCUCAGACCAGCAAUAAAUUAUUCAGUUUCAGUAACAUUA